CAUUACGCGAUUUUGAUUCACUCUGUGCAACCAUGCUAAGAGCUUCACAUUUUCCAAUGAAAGCGUCUCCAGCUCUCAGUGCUUUGAGGCUAUCUCUGAUUCCCGCUCUCUCCUGCUCUUCUUCUUCCAAUCUUCGCGCCUUCACUUGUUCCCCAUCUCUCAAGGUUUCCUCUCAUAGAUUUCAAAUUCCUUUGCACCCUCUUUCUUCCUUCAAUUUCUUCCAACUACUUCCUCCAGCGGGGUUGUCACGCCCCCAAGUAGCAGCCUUGUGCAGCAGCAGCAGCAGCAACAACGGUGAUGGUGCUAGGGAGAUCCUGGUGCAACACUUGCUUGUCAAUGAAGAUGACCAGAAGCUGCUAUUGGAUCUUCAGCAGAGAAUCUCAUCAGGUGAAGACUUGAGUGAUCUCGCGGUAGAAUACUCAAUAUGCCCAUCCAAAGAUGAAGGAGGAAUGCUUGGGUGGGUGAGAAAGGGGGAGAUGGUUCCUGAAUUUGAGGACGCUGCGUUUAAUGCACCUUUAAACAAAGUUGUAAGGUGUAAAACAAAAUUUGGAUGGCACCUUCUUCAAGUUUUAUCUGAAAGGGAAGAAACUGUUCUUCAAGACAUUCAGCCUGACAUGCUUCAUGCGAAAAUUCAAGAUCCCAACUUUAUGGAGGAGGCACAAUUGAUUGAUGUUCGAGAGCCUGAGGAAGUGGAGAAAGCACGUCUGCCAGGUUUUAAGGUUCUUCCCCUCCGACAAUUUGGAAAUUGGGGACCUGAUAUUAGUAGCACAUUUGACCCUAACAAGGAUACAUAUGUCUUGUGUCAUCAUGGCGUGCGGUCCUUGCAAGUUGCCAAGUGGUUGCAGUCACAGGGAUUUAGAAGAGUAUACAAUGUAUCUGGGGGAAUCCAUGCAUAUGCUAUGAAGGUUGAUCCAUCAGUCCCAACUUACUAGUGCAUUUUGUUUUCCUUCCCCGGACGUCUUCAUACAAUAGAUUUCUGCGUGCAUGAUGUUCCAUGUUUCUAUACAUGAUAGUGCGAUUUUGUUGGGAGAGAGGGUCGUUAGUGUAGGUUAUUUUUGGGAUUUCAAACGAGUAUUUGAGGCAAGUAGUGGACUUUGGAGUACGAGGCUGUAAUUUUCAUAUAGUCUACAUUGUUUAUUCUUAUUUACUGGCCCCGUUGAUUUCUGUUACAUUUGAAGUCCAGGCAUUUUACAAGUGCUUAUAAAUAUUUUAGUUGAUUAUACUGCUAAGGCCUAAGAGCCAGUGAAAGUAUACCAUGAGAAAAUGGACUUGGGGCUCAUCAUUAUGUGUGCUUAUUGUUAAAAUAAGAUUUGGACUGUAUGAA